AUGAGGUCACUGUGGAAGCUGGCCACUUCUCCCGCAUCUCUCGCAGUGUUGUCGGUCGCCGUUGUGAUUACUGCUGCCCUCGUAGGCUACACGUACAAGAAGCCGACCCGGCAGGUGAGUCUCUUUCAUGUUCUUCAGACCAUGUGCAGCCUGGAUAGUCCUAGGAUAAAUUUCGUGGGGAAUUUCCUUUUCCAAUAUGCGGGAAUGUCCCUUUCGAUUCACUUUAGAGUCAACACAACUCUUUGCUGACAAAUCCCUCGGUUAAUCUGAUAUUUUCGAGAAUUCAUUGCAUAGUCUAAUAGAUUCCUUUUACUUCUUGUUCAUUUCUUCCUUUCUGCGUUACCAUUAGAGGCUUUGGACCACCGAUGAGAUCGUCUUGUACAAUGGAACGGAUGAAGGAACACCUAUACUGUUAGGCAUAUUGGGGUAUUUUUCUCCUUUCCUCUUCUUUCGAAUUUUAUUUUUUCCGCGAUCUGGAAAAUUCCCUGUUUAAUUGAUUGGCUUAAGGAGGAUCGGAUGUUUUUCCUGGACUGCAGUUCUGUCUUUGAUGUGACAAAGGGUAGAUCACACUAUGGCCCGGGAGGGGGCUACCAUCACUUCGCAGGGAGGUUAGUGACGACUCAACCUGCCUCGUAUGUUAUUUGCCGCGUUUUCAUCUUUCUCUGGUCGUUGGGUGCGCCUGAAUCUUUCUUUUGUUCUGUAAACUUUCUUCCAAAGUCCUGGUUAUAUUAUCUAUCUUACUUUUCUUGGGCAUUAGUUUUAGCUUCGGUAAUGCUUGGGUCGGCAGUUCCAACACCCGUAUCGAUUUCAUUUCUGAGUAGAGCAACCUGGCCUGAUGCGAAAUGGGCUCUACUUGGUCGCGGCAAUUUGAUACUGUGGCCAAACUGAACCUGAGAACUUCUAAGCGCUUAGCCAGGUGUGAAGUUUUUGUUUCUCUUCUGGUCGAAAUACACUACUAUACUAUUUAUGGAAUAAACAUGGGUAAACUCCGCGAGAAGAUGCAUAAGGAAGCUUACCCAAUGGGAAGUCUUUGAGGUGUCGCAAACGGGAAAGUGUGACUAAGUAUAACUGCAAAAAAUUGUUUUAUUCCGAAAAUAGUCUGAUUAUAUUUUUAUGUUUGAAGCCUUAUUUUAAAGAACGAAUAUUUUGGGAGAAAUUUUCUUCGUUUUACCCAUUUUAUAUAUUUGAAGGUUGUCGUGCAAAUGUUUUGGAAUAUGGAAGAACAUACCACCUGUGUAGAACAUAGCACCUGUUCAAAGAGGCACCAUCAAAGUAACUAAAUUUAUGUUGGUGUGUCCUUGGGAUAUCAGAUGGGCAAAGGAAGAGCAUUGCAAUGCCGGAAGACAAAUGUUAUGAUGAAGAGUCUUUGGAUGGGAAGGUUUUUAGUGCUCUAUCAAAUAUCUAAAAGAAAAUUAAAACAAGACCAGUCAUGGGAUACAACUCAAUGUAAGCUCUGGGGCGAUGGAUAAGUAAAUACUUCGAAAUAUAGUCUCUUAUCAACUUCUGAAGAUGAGGGAUGCCGAUUGUGAAAGCGUUGCAUCUGAAAUUAGAAUAUUGUUUUCUAAAGUGUCAAUAGGUGGAUGCUUCCUCACUCAGGAAUGAAGUUGCUGACCAUCUGCUUGUGGAUUGCGGUGUUGUUCCAUGCAAGAACAUUUUUCGGAUUUUUUGAGAAUUAAGGAUGAACUGUUUUUGUUUCGUUUUAUCUCAUGAUUCCAUGGUACCCUGAAUGCACCAAGUUAAAAGAAUGCCAGGCAAUACUAUUACCUGUGAUGAUUUGGACCAUAGACUAGGAAAAAGGAAAAAGAGAUCUCAAUUUAGUUUAGAAAUCUGGAAGGUAUCGUUGGUUUCCUAAUUGCAUUUUUUUAGUUUGAGACUUGACAUACUAGCAUAGUGUUUACUAUGAGCUUGUGCGCCAAUCGAGAUCAUGACUCCAGCCUCCAAUGCAAAGGAGCGGUACCUCCAGGAUUUGAUGAUGCUCUUCAUCUAUGUUUUUCGGCAUUUAUGCCGGGGAUGCUCCUUCUAGUUCGUUUUUAUUCCUUUUGAAUUUCACGGUCCAAGAAUUUCAUCUAGUCCCUCAUAAGUGGCUGUAGUCUUCAGCAAACAAUCCUUUCCCGCUUGAAUUGCCCGUGGAUAUCAAAGGGCUCAUAAGAAGGGUAGAUAUAUUUUCUUAAACCUGAGUCUGCUUCUGGCGUGAUACUUUUCCAGCUUCACAAACGAUUCCUCCUCAAAUUGGGGUUACUUUUCCGUGACGCGUAUGUAAGCUCUGUCAAAGACUCAUACCUCCUGUUAGUGUGAAAUGGUGUUAAUCCGACUGACCAAUAUUUAUAGACUGCGUCUUCUGAAUCAUCAGAAUUUUUAAAUUUAUCUGCUUUUCCUUAAGGGGGCUUGGAUAUUGUAAAUUGAAAAUAGUGCUGUAAUUUAGUUACCGAUUCAGGAUUUCAUCAUGUCAACUCAUGUGAGCCCGCAUUUUUCUUGGUUUGGAUUUCAGGGAUGCAUCAAGAGCAUUUGUUUCAGGAAAUUUUACAGGUAUGAAAAACUGUAUGUAUUAUAUGAUUAUGAUUACUGAUUAUGCCGUUACUUAAUAACAACCAAACCAAUUAAAACAGAUGGCAUGCAAGAAGUGCAAUUACAUAGAAAAAAUGUCUACCUAAUGCCCCCUUAUGUGCCUUUCUGCCAUUAUUUCUUACGUGUUCUUACAUUUCAAUGGGAUGUUAAACCUUUCUUGAUCUGAUCAACCGCAAUAAAUUAUCUGACAUUGCAAUGAAAUAAUUAUUUCUAGUUUAUCAUCUUCUCUUGGGCAUACAUAAUGAUUACUUAUGCCUUUUCUAUCUUACUUAAAUCUUCUGACAUAUUAAGAUGAUUAUUUUUUCUUGAUGUAUCUUAUAUAUAGAAAUUCUGAAUGUUUUUAACUAUAUUUUCUCCUUACAAGUAUGAGGAUCCCUAAUGUAUUUGACACAACUAAUUUAUGACUGAAUUUUUUCAUUUUUUUUAAUCAGGGGAUGGCCUAACUGACUCAUUGCGUGGCUUGUCCAGUGUCGAGGUAAUGAACUUUGGAGGUUGUAAUCCACAUGAUACUGAUGAAAUGAAGAUUGCAUAUGAAUGAGGAGAGUCGCUCCUCAGGCCCCCCACCCCAGAAACAAUCAAAAGAAACUAAUAUGGAUGAACAUACUCUGGAUCAUAUCUUAAAACGUCAAAAAUACUUCAUUGCCCCUGGUAAAAGGUAAUGAUUUUUUUUUCAUAGCCUGGAAUACAAUCACAGAAGGGAAACUUUCUAAGUUAGCAAACCAGCUCUUCCUGACAGAAAUUAUGGGUUCUCACAAAAAUAAAUUUGUCACAUGUUUAGUGUAUACAUUACUGCGACAACUUGAGAACAUACGUGAAAGACUUGAGAAAUAAUCUUCCCCCUUUUUUUCCUCUUUCAGUGCCCUCUCUUUUUCUCAUCAUUUCUACUUCAUAAUGUUUUAAUCACUCUUCAUUACAGAUGAAAAGUGUUGUUGACUGGCGGGGUUUCUACAUGAGAACCUAUGUGUAAGUUACAGAUAUUAUGAUGUCCUUCUUUCAUUCGUACAACUAUUUAGGCCUUCAAGAAAUUGAUCUAGCAUUCUCUGAAGAUUGCCUCCCUGCAUCACAGUUCCGUUUCCAUUGAUUAAAGUAUUUUUCAGUGACAUUGACAUUAUCUGGAUGUCUAAUGGUUUCAAACUUCAUUCAAAUAUAGCCCUGUGGAUGCCUCCAUUGGCCCUAAAUGGGAUGGGGAAAAACCUAGAAAUUGUCCCCUAUGUAGGACUAUUAAUAAUUUAUCUCAUAGAAUGGGGUUAAUAAAGUGCAGAUCAAUUCUACCAUAGUCAUCGGAAUAUCCCUGUAAAAGUCUGCAAAAUUCAGGUGGAUCGCAUUGAAGCAAUAGUGUGGGAAUAUUUGGGUCAUUAUUUUGGUAUCUAAAAAUUUCCAUUUUUAUUUGAAUUUCCAGCUUUGUUGGCAAGCUUAUUGGCCGAUACUAUGAUAACUCUGGAAACCCCACCAAAUAUCUAAAAGGGGUGGAGGCAAAAGCCGCCCGUGGUGCUCAGCUUUUAGAGAAACAGAAACUCGAGGAGGACAAGCUCCCCAGUUGCAACUCGAAAUGGAGUGAGAGAGAUGGAGGGGAGGUAGGCUUCAUCACCGUGCGUGGCUGCUAUUCCGACAACCGUCAUAGAUUGUAUCGAACGAUUAAGUGCCCUUCUUAUUAGGUCUGGUGCGAUUCUGGGUAUCCGAGGCUGGUCCAGAGGCCAUUCGAGAUCGCCUUGACUGGAAGAAUGAGCAAGCGCUGCGUAUGCUUCAAGGAGGAGGAGCUACAGCGGCCCGGCUUGGAGGUCUACAAGGGAUGCGAUCAUCUCUCCAAAUCAUGUCCAGUGUAA